AUGAAAAGUGCUGAGGCCGGGGGAUUCCGCGCGUCCUCCCCUCCAUUGCUCCUCACCUCCGCUCCACAUGUGAACUCCCAAUUUCCACACACAACAUCGGUGCUCCAUUGUUUUUCGACUUCCUUGACUUCGAUCGUCACUGUCAACAAGCUCACCGCCCAGGAUGGAGCCGAUAAUUCUCGAGGCUUGGCACGGAUCGUGAAUGCCGAGCAUAGCCGCACAUGGCGCCCUGGACCUGACGUGGAGUUCCCGUCUCGAACCUACGUAUCGCACACCGUCUGCUGGUCGUUCGACAAGAAGCUCCCCCAAGAGCCGCACAAAUGGAGUUAG